CUCUGGUCAUCUCCCGUGCUGUGUCCACAGUCUCUGGUCAUCUCCUGUAAUGUGUCUGCAGUCUCUGGUCAUCUCCUGUACUAUGUCUGCAGUCUCUUGUCAUCUCCUGUACAAUGUCCGCUGUCUCUGGUCAUCUCCUGUACUGUGUCUGCAGUCUCUGGUCAUCUCCUGUAAUGUGUCCGCAGUCUCUGGUCAUCUCCUGUACUAUUUGCAGUCUCUGGUCAUCUCCUGUACUGUGUCCACAGUCUCUGGUCAUCUCCUGUACUACAGCUGCAGUCUCUGGUCAUCUCCUGUACUACAGCUGCAGUCUCUGGUCAUCUCCUGUACUAUGUCUGCAGUCCAUUGGUUCAGAAUAUUUUUUUUUCUUGUUUUCCACCUCUAA